UCAACACGUGAAAUUAAGAUUCCCUGGACCUAACCACAACACUCACCGGAUAACUUAACCUCCACCGUCUUCGUCUUCUUCCGCCGCAAAUUUUUGUCUCCAUGGCCGGCGUUAAUCUACAGCUCCGUCACGCUUACUCUAUUGCUCAAUUCGUUCCAACUGUUUCAUCACCUCCUCCUCCUACUCAGCGAAUUCGGCUUGGAACUUCACCCUCUCGGGUUCUCUUCUGUAAUCUCCGAGCUAAUUCCGCCGCCGCUGCUCCAACUCUGAGAACCACUCGCCGUUCAGUAACUAUAACUGCUGCGUCUUCGGUAUCCUCAGCCGUUGAUUCGGAUUCGUUGGUGGAAGAUCGCGAUGACGGAGGUAGGAUCCCGUUGCUUGAGGGUAGGGAUUUGAGAGCUGGGAUUGCUGAAUCGAGGCAGGAGAUACUCAAAGGUGUCAAUUUGGUUGUCUAUGAAGGAGAGGUUCUUGUUGGCCAUCCUGAUUAUGAAGUGACGGGAGGGAGUAUUGUGUUUAAAGGGCAGAAUCUACUUGAUAUGGAACCAGAGGAAAGAUCUCUUGCUGGUCUCUUUAUGAGUUUCCAGUCUCCAGUUGAGAUUCCUGGUGUUAGCAAUAUGGAUUUCUUGAAUAUGGCGUUCAAUGCUCGUAAAAGAAAGCUCGGUCAGCCUGAGCUUGAUCCAAUCCAGUUCUACAGCCACUUAGUGUCAAAACUUGAAGUUGUGAACAUGAAGACCGAUUUUCUCAACAGAAAUGUCAAUGAAGGAUUUAGUGGCGGUGAAAGGAAACGAAACGAGAUUCUACAGUUAGCGGUCCUUGGAGCCGAGUUGGCUAUACUGGACGAGAUUGAUUCAGGGUUGGAUGUUGAUGCACUUCAGGAUGUGGCAAAGGCGGUGAAUGGACUUUUGACACCAAAAAACUCUGUUCUGAUGAUAACCCACUAUCAACGCCUACUUGACUACAUCAAACCAACUCAAAUACACAUCAUGGAGAACGGAAGAAUCAUUAAAACCGGAGACAACACAUUGGCCAAACUACUGGAAAAGGAAGGCUACAAAGCGAUAUCGGGUUAGUUAUCGCAGAUCAUCCAUAACCUGUCUUCCUUAUUUGAGAGACCAUGGUUAUAUAUGGGUCAAAGACGAAGGAAGCUAAAGCUGAUGAUGAUUGGAAAAUCAAAUUUGUCGCUACAAUCGUUGACCCAUAGGUUUUAACAAUGUUCUAAAUUACUUGAGAGAUUGACGAAGUAAAAUUACUCUGAUUAUUUAUA